GCAGAAUCCGAUAAAAUUUCUAAUUUAGAUACAACUAAUUCCAUGCAAAAGGCAUUAAAUCAAGCAAUUUUUGUGGAAAGCAAUCGAGUAAAAACUAGAAACUAUUCAAGUAAAACGUUUUACGCACGCAACAAAAUCUUGUGCGAGAAGUAUAUAUGAAUUGAUGAAAUUAUUUUAUUGAAAUUGUAAUAAAAAAAGACUACGUAAGUGCGUGUAAAGAAUUUUUAUUCGAAAAUAAAUAGGAACGAAAAAGCAAAGAAUGUUUAAGAACAAAAAGGAUUUAGAUGCCCAUAUAGCUGGGUCUUUUUCCAAAUUGCGUUCGGAAACGGAGCGUAACUUGCGAGGUUUCACUGUUGCCAAACUGUACUACAGAAUCAAUGAGUUCUCGACAGCUAAACAAUAUUUAAACUCAUACUUAAGCGUUAAGAAGGACAAUGCCGAGGCCCAUAAAUUAAUGGGACAAAUUUACAUAAUGUUGAAGAACUCCGACAAAGCCUUGCAGUCAUUUCAAUGUUCAUUGCAGUUAAAUACAAAACAACCUGAUGUUUUAACUGAAAUCUGUCGACUGCUAUUGGAGGACACUAACAUUAGUUCUAAUAAAGCGAAAUAUUGGUGUGAGUUGGCUGAAUCUGCAAAAAUUCAAGAUGACGCCGUAUUUGAAUUACGAAUGAAAUUAAUGGAAGGCAAUGAGACUGAGACCUUGUUGAAAAAGAAAAUUAUCGACCGUCCUAACUCUGUUCAGUUGCGAGUCCAUUUGGUGCGUUACUACAUCGAAAAGAAUCAAGUAGUCGAUGCUUUCAAUUAUGUUUAUCAACUGGAAAUGUCGCAAAAAGAUGAAUUUUCUGACAGCAGCGAAUGGUAUAAUGUAGUAUGGUUGGUGUUAAGUCAAUAUGAGAAACAGCCUAAUGUCAAAAAGGACUGGGAUUAUUGGCUAUUGUUGAUCAUUUGUCUAGAGCGUCAAGUGCAAAUAUCAUUUGCUUUUAAUUGCUCACCUACUACAGCUUCUGAUACUAGCGAAACGACGAACUUUCUUUUCAAACUCGAUCAAUAUCUUUUCAAAUUCUCUCAAAUCUCAGAUUUUUUGUGCGCCGAAAAGGAUUUAAUUGAACUGUUUUUUGAUCAUUAUCGUGGCCAAUUGCUGUUACAUGUCGUGGCGUUAAUUUUCAAGCAUGAUUUACUGAAGAAUAACAACAAAUGGAAGGAUACGGUUCGGCUCGCUUUACCUUUACUGCUGUUAGCCUUCCAAGUUCAACCACAUCGUGGCAAAGAAGCAUGGAUGAAAUAUUGCGAUGAACAUGGUAGACAAUUAACAACUUUGUGCCAACGUGAGGGAUCAUUUCGUUGCGCUCAGGCGGGGCGAAUAUUGCUUUCUUGUAUAUGCAAUCAAUCGACAGCUGACAAGGAGAAGACUUCAAGAAACAUCGUUAGUUUACUGAAUAAUCAAGAGGUGGUUUUAUGGACUAAUACUGAUGAUUUGCUUGCUUGCGUGCGAAAAAUCUGUGCUGACAGCCAAUGGCGGCGCAACGUUUUUGCGACACUUUUUUACAAUAGUGAUCAGAAGACAGAGCAACAAUCAUCUUUGCUUAUUAAAAGCCCCAAGUUUUGCGAACCGAUAUAUGAAAUUCCUUCUUCUACUAGUGUGGAACGCUACGAAGAGGAAGCUCAGUAUUUCAGACCACAAUCGCUGCAUCAUGCAGUAUACCUGUGCCUGGGCAGAGAUAACCUAGCGCUUGUCCGCGCACGGUAUUUUAACGGUCUUAAUUUUUCUACGCAAAAUUUGAAUUUUUGUGGUGCGGAAUCGUUAAAUCAAUUAGAUGUUGACAGCUUUAUGUACGCCACUACUAUACAGGCAAAACGUGUGGUCGACGUUGAACGCGAAAUAUGUGAUAACUAUAAUUCAGAGAAAAACAAUUCCGUUGGCAAACCCCGUAUCCUACCAUUUGUUAACAUGCAGUCGCAAUUAUGUACCGACGAACAGGCGCAAUGGUGGAAUGCCGCGUACAGAGUGUAUAAAAACCUAAGAUUUGGUUGUGAUUUAACGGACUUGAAAGUUACUCUUCAAUAUGGGAUUGAGGCAGUGCGUGGUGUAAAUGGUCCUAAAGUAGACUUAAACAUCAUGUUCAAACUAGGACAAAUAUUUGUAGUCAGAGCUCAAGCGACUGAGAGACCUGUAGAUAAGUCGCUGCUAGAAGCUAGGAGCGAAUCCAUUUACAGAACUGCUCUGAAUAUGCUUAAAAUGCGUAGAGGCGGGGUUUUGGAGCCAUUUGAUAAGCAUUUCAAGUAUGCGAGAGCCCAAUCAACAGACAUUGAACGUGAAUUGAACAAUGCUGCUGAAGAUGCAGUAACAUAUGUAGCUAACCGUUACUUUAAGAGGCUUGAAUAUGAAGAGUUAAUAGAGGAAUUUGCAGGUCUUCAAUUACCGUUUGCUUCUUAUUGGCAAGCGGAAGCUUAUCUUAAAUUAGACGAAAUCAAAAAAACAUCUAAGAAAACGAAACGCUUAAACGUAGAAAGAGCAGCUGAAUGCCUUAAUCACACUUUGGCAUUGUUGAAGAGUGGUGCUUACGUCGAUCCAAAACAUGCCUUAAACACCAUUAUUCAUCAUCGGAUAAGGAAAAUAAAGCAAAUGUCGGCCUCCCUUUUAGACGACUCCUUGAUGGAGAUUUAUUGCAGUCCACAUAACAACUCGAGUUCUUAUGAAGACGCCGAAAAUGAUGUAUAUCAAGAUUCUUUCGCUAUGCCCGCAUACAGCCAAGGAAAUUUGAAUCGGUUACGUCGAGAGAUAACAGGAACUGCCUCCUUUACAGCCACCGCUCAUAAUCAGGAGAUGGAAAAUAUGGUAAAACAGAUGGCCUCCACUCUAAUUCUUCUGAAAGAAGAAAUCUUAGAAAAUUUAAAACCUGAUCUACGAACAGUUGCCAAAGAAGUUGUUUCAAUGAAAGAUAGAAUUGGAAAUUUGGAAGAAACUAUGAGAAAGUCACGCAUAUCAUCAAUUCCACCUUCGCGAGAUGAUGCCUCGAAGGUCCUGGAUGAUUUUUACAUUAUUGAGGACGCUUUACGCCAACAACUUUAUCAACAACCACAAACAGCUGUUACUACUGCCCCCGCAUUUAUGUCAUCGAAUCAAUGCUCAGCCGCCACCGAUGGUCUUAUGACUAAUAAUCCAUUUCUUGGUCAACAGCCGCGUUUGCAAACUCCAACUCCAAUGCAUUUACCACCAAAUGCCUUCAAUAAUACGAUGUUUCCGCCAAAUGCGGCCAAUUAUCCGCUGAAUUUCUACAGUCAUAAUCAACCCAAUGCUUACCUACCACAAGGCGCCCAACAAGGUUCGAUUCAGGCUAAUCAACGUAACCUCCAACUUUCACUUCCUUACACACAACCUCCCAUUUCCGGAGGACUUAAUUUCAAUACGACUCCAGUCUUGAAUAGCCAACUGGUUGAAAAAGGACCACCUGCCAACGUGGUAAUAACAAGUUCAGAUCCUUUACCGAACACAAGCAGUAUUACCUUGCAAUCACCACAGCAACCCACGUUGAGUGUAACUAUUCCUCCUCAACAUCUUAAAGCGAACGUGCUCGCAAAUCACCCUGCAUCUUUAGGUACAGCGGCUAAGAAUAGUGCUGCUGUUGCUUCUACGGAAGCUUCCAAUAAGUACGCUACGUUUAGCUUCAAGCCUGAAGUGGAAGCCGCGGCAGCAGCCGCAGCGGCUGCAGCUGCUUCUACAAGUUUGAAAGAUAAAACGACAGAAAGUUUUGGCAGUGAUAUUAAUAAAUCUGCAGUUGAUCUAGGAGUGGAGUAUGACGCACGGCCCGACUUUAAAGGUAUUAUACCUUUACCCGAAGAGAUCGUUAUAUGUACAGGUGAGGAAGACGAAGAAAUCACAUUUUGUCAUCGGGCCAAAUUGUUUCGUUAUGUGGAUAAAGAGUGGAAAGAACGGGGAAUCGGGGAUAUUAAGAUUUUAAAGAAUAAAGAUGGGGCUCAUCGCAUACUCAUGAGGCGUGAUCAGAUCCACAAAAUAUGUGCCAAUCAUAAAAUAUCACCUGAAAUGUCGCUUACUAUCCCUAAAAAUGAAACGAAGGGCUUCAUUUGGGCAGCCAACGAUUUUUCUGACGCAGAACUACGUGUGGAAAAGUUCUUUGUUCGAUUCAAGCUGCCAGAGACGGCCGCUGCAUUUCAAGAAGCCUUUAACCAGGCUCGACGGGAAGCUGUGAAAUCAGGGAAAACCUCAACGAUAGAAACAACUCCUUUUUCACUCGCAAAAUCAACAAUUCGAAAUUUCGCAUCAAGCACUCCGACUAAUAAAAACGAAAAUAGCACAGAUGGAUCUAGUCCGUUAUCUGGGAUUCCUAACGUAGUGCAUUCAACAGCAGCCGACUCCCCUAAAAUUACUACGGCCCCAUUUUCAUCGCUUACCAAUUUCACAUUCGGCAAAUCGUUAGCAGGAAACACUGGUGUCUCGAUAGGUUGCGGUUCUUGUACCACCAGUACGAUGACGUUGAUAAACUGCACCUCUAGUGACAUUGCCACAAUUUCAUCGUUGACCUCCGCUUCUAGUGUCACGAACGCCAAU